CAACACUUCCCUUCAAACCCACAUCUUUGGCUUUCUUCAAUCAACAUUUUGCCAUACCGACUCGACCCUUACAUUAGGCACCACCGCAAUGAUUAAUAGAAACCUAGCUUGGAGUAGCGUGGGUUUUGAUCACAGAAAGAUGGUUACGAAGAUGGUGGAUUGAAAUUCAUGGAAGUCACCAGAUGGAAUCUAAAUGGUAUGGAUCUCUGUUUCGUCGUCAAGUUGCUUUGAGGCAAUCCGGUCCUACGAACCAAGUCACUCCCAAUAAUACCUCAACUGGCCCUGCUAACAAAACAGAUACAAAGCCCCCUCUUCCCGCGGCUCCUCCCACUAACAAAUCCGACAGUCUUCCACCCUCCACUAAGACAUCUACUAGCGUCCUUGGCAUCCCGGUCCCACCGCCCUCCUUCAUCAAGCCUUCCCCAGAACCCAAGUCAGGAGAUAAAGCAAACAGUUCAACACUCACACCGCCGCCCAGCGCGAACAAAACUUCGCCCCUGCCCACUGAUCCUGGGAAACCUAAACUUUCAGCGACCCAUGGAAAUUGCACAGUCCUACCGCUUACGCCAGACACAUGGAAACAGUUAAAGAUAGAUGAUUACCUCAAAAAUUACCCCGGAGGAAAGACGUUGAAGCUGAUCGAUUACGCAACGGCAAAAAAUGCAUCCAACUUCGUCUGCGGUAUUGGUGAGAAGUGUUACAUUGGCCAACCAUGUUUUCCUCUUGGCGGUGUAGACUGGUAUGUGCUGUUUGCUGUACAGGCAUGGAACACAUACAUGAACAACUUUUAUCUCGCUGUCGGUUACGCAAUGUCCAUGGUCCAAUCCAGCAUCAGUGCUCUCCUGGCCUCAAUCUUCCCCGCGGUAGAUCAAAGCCCAGCAAAGGCAUUCAAGGAAAAUUUCGCUAUAAAUGCUGGUUUGACUGAAGUCAUGGGAACAGUUAUCAUGGACGUCAUGGUCUUAUUUGGGUCGGCCAUGGGUCCAAUCGGAUGGGCCUUCAACGUUUUGAACUUCAUGAUUGCUGCUGCCAUGGGUAUCACAGCAUUUGCCAUAAAGGUACCUAGUGGCCCAAUUCAAGAUGGAUACGGGGCUUGGUCUUCUACGGCUUAUUUUAUAUCCAAGUAUGAAGAAUUAGCACACGACACCUUGGCAAAUGCGGCCAAAAAGUUUAUUAAUGCCCCCAUCAGUAGUGAUGAUGGACUAUAUGGCACGAUGAAGGGUGGUCAAUUCCUGAGCCCGACCACUCUACUCACCAUUCCAGAAAUUGAGGAUAACAUUCGCAAUGUGACUCUUGCACUCAGUCUUAAUAUGAUAUUUCACUCUUUGGGUUGCACGGAUAAAGGCCGAAAUGGAGCAUGGCCUCAAAACGAUGUACUUUCGUACUGUGAUAAGCCUGGUGGAACAAUGUAUAACAUUAUCCGAUAUCUGCCUGGUGGGAAAUCUGGCAACAAUCUACCGAAUGCCAACGUUAUUUCAGAAGAAUAUGGUUACAGCACUGAGCUCAUCACACAAGUGUCUAAGAAAUGCCAGGAAAAGCAUGGCGGGUUUAGUUUCAAUCCUUACACCAACGGGUCUUUCCCCAAGGAUGUGACAUCUGACUGCGUGUUCAAUUUACCAGUGUGCUUUACUAACCGAGCAGACAUCAGCCAUGAAAUUCACAAGAAGGGCGAGACAACUGCCGAAGCCUGUAAGAAAACUGGAGGCUUGCCACUAUAAGCGAUGAAACUUUGCAGGAUGGAUUCCUUGGAUUUAGGUUUUGGCUAUCUCAGACGUUCAGUCAGCAGGUCUAUCAUUGAUUUCUUUUUCGACAAACAAGGACUAUUCAAUUUGUCAAUGUUUGACAAGCUUAAUUUUCAAAAACCCCUAUAAACUUUCUCACAUUUUUUUCUUUCAUUGAACUUGUAAAUAUCCAUUACACGUACGACACAAAGCUUUUUUCCCACUAUAUAGUUAAAUUUGUAAAUGUCUAAGAAGACCUCUACAACUGAAUAUAUAAGUGCGCUCGUAAGCACUUCUUCUCCC